AUUAACUAAUUAAAUGUCUUUUGCUGAUUUGUCGCCUGAGUGAUAUUGUGUUAAAAAGGUGUAGCGCCAUUAAAGAAUUGAGGAUUUAUUUUGCUGAUAGCUUGCAGGAAUCCUCAGUACUUUUGCUGUUAAAUAUACAAUUUUGAUCAUGUUUGUGUUGUUGUUGUAGUUUAUUGUUGUUGUUUUGUGAUCCAGCGGCUUGUUUAGCUGGUGUGAGAAUGUCCUCAAGUAUCGUAGUAAUUUUUUCUCUAUUCACUCUUACCUGAACGCUGUGAAAUUUCCGGGCUCGGUUUCAGCGCGCGAUUGGCCAGCACGAGGUCUUACCGACAUGCAAAUGAGGGCGCGCGCGUUACACCCGCCCGGUGAGAAUGAGCACGAACUCGCAGGACAAGUGCGCGAGCGCUCCGGUUUCCAGCUUCACCAUCCGCUCCAUCCUGGGCGCACCGGCCGACACGGGAAGCUCUGGGAACGCGGAUAACAAGAGUCCUACGGCGGCGACCCCACGGAAGCGCGCGCUCUCGGUUUCCGUGUCCUGCUCGGAGGAUGAGGCGAGUGGAGCGGAGGCAGAGGACGCGACGGACUGCUGCUGCUCAGAACCGGGACUUCCGGAACCGUGCGGCCGGCACCGCGCGCUCACGUACCCCUGCAUCGGUGCGACUAAAAGUCUUCUCCCGAGACAGGAGAUAGAUCGCGCGCACCAUCAUCACCUGGCGCAGUCGUUAUUACCGGAUUACCGGGAUGAGCAUCAGCGCGAGAGGGAGAGGGAGCGCUCGUGCGGUCGGGUAUCUCCCGUUUCCGCGGAGCAGCAGCGCGAGGGAGCGGAGAAGCAGACUGGAGGUGCAGGAGGAGGAGGUGGUGGAGGUGCAGGAGGAGGUAGCGCAGCGAAGAAGAAGACACGCACGGUGUUCUCGCGCAGUCAGGUGUACCAGCUGGAGUCCACGUUCGACGUGAAACGCUACCUGAGCAGCUCGGAGCGCGCGUGCCUGGCCUCCAGCCUGCAGCUGACUGAAACCCAGGUGAAGACGUGGUUCCAGAACCGCAGGAACAAAUGGAAGCGGCAGAUCUCCGCCGAGCUCGAGGCGGCCAACGCCGCGCACGCGUCCGCCGCUCACGCCCUGGUCGGCGUACCGCUCGUGCUGCGGGAGAACUCGUUGCUGCGCGUUCCCGUGCCGCGCUCCAUUGCGUUCCCGACGCCUCUCUACUACCCCGGAAGUAAUCUACCCCCGCUACCCUUGUACAAUCUCUACAACAAAGUCGAAUAUUAACAUUUCACCCAGCACAAACAAUGACUUAUCAUCAUCAUCAUCAUCAUCAUCAUCAUCAUCAUCAUCAUCAUUAUUAUUAUUAUUAUUAUUAUUAUUAUUAUUACUAUUAUUAUUAAUAUUAUUAUUAUUAUUAUUGGGAAAAAAAACAAUACGGUUGAUGGAAUCCACAUUUCUACCCACAUUUCUAAUUAUGCAGCCACGAAACGACCCUGUGUGUAAACAACAACCACAACAACAACAACAACAACAACAACAAACACAAAGGAAACCGGCGGAGCGUCUCUUCUGUACAUGUUCUAUAAAAUACACCGUGUGUAUACUGGAUUAUUUUGUACGUUUAUUUACAUUUUCUGUCUCUUUAUUAUAACCAAUUUUAUGCGUUAUAUGUGAGGACGAAAACAAUGGAUGAACUUUCUGCUUUGAAGGAAAAAGGAUUGAAAAAUAAAAGUGAGUGCAGCAAUGAAAA